UGAAGCAUUAUUUGGUAAUGAAGCAUUAUUUGGUGAUGAAGCAUUAUUUGGUGGUGAAGCGUUAUUGGGUGGUGAAGCAUUAUUGGAUGAUGAAGUAUUAUUGGGUGGUGAAGUGUUAUUGGAUAGUGAAGCGUUAUUGGGUGAUGAAGUGUUAUUAGAUG